CUACCUCUGUGUGUGUGUGUGAACUGUACUGAAAUCUGAGCUUUGGGCGGAUUGUUUUGCAACCCUUUUACUUCCCCUUCUCUGUACUACUACGCCUGGGUGUCACCGUUGCUACAAGCAUGCUAUUAUCCGCAGUGAACGGUUGAAGUGGACUUCUGUGAGUUAUUACUUGGUUUUUCUAUACCAUCGCUGUCUCUCUGUCAUCAUGGGUGACUACAAGCCAGCCGAAGCAUUAACCCACAGGAGAAGAGCGACUCUCGCAGUGGCGAGAGCUGCGACUCCCCAGCCGAUGAACAGGAGGUUUGAAGGGGAUCGUCAGAGCUUGGUGGCCGCAGACAUUAGCUUUGAAAAUGAACAUAACAAACAUGACCAUUCACUGGAAAUAAGCCGGAAUAAAACGAAGAACGAUAAGAAGAAACGCAGGAAUGAUAUAAGUGACAUGUUGAGUAACUGUCACAAGACACAGGAGUCCCUGCUGAGUUCAGCCAGUGGUUAUAAAAACUACAGAGGAGUCCUCAACUGGUGUGUGGUAAUGCUGGUACUGAGCAACGCGCGCCUCUUCUUAGAAAACCUCUUACGGUACGGUGUUUUGGUCGAUCCUGUUCAGGUGGUUUCCUUGUUUCUGAAUGAUCCCUACAGCUGGCCAGCAGCUUGCCUAGUGAUUGUGUCCAAUGUGUUCAUUCUGGUGGCUCUCUAUACCGAAAGGCAGCUGUCGAAGGGUUCAUUCAGUGAACUUGUGGGAUUUCUGGUCCAUUUCAUUAACAUGGCCGUUCUGCUAACGUUCCCUGCAGCAGUGGUCCUAUUGGUUCCCUCCAUGACCUCAGUUGGUGGUUUAUUCGUACUUGGUACUUACACCAUUAUCUUACUUAAACUGUACUCCUAUAAGGAUGUCAACUUGUGGUGCAGAGAGCUGAGCACUAUGAAGGCAAAGAAACUGUCCAGGUCACUGUCUUGCCCGUCAGAACAGCGUUUCUAUGAAGGUGAACGCAAAGUGUGCUAUCCUGGCAACCUCACCCUCCGAGACAUGUACUACUUCAUCUUUGCGCCAACUCUGUGCUAUGAGCUCAACUUCCCCCGCUCUCCAAACAUUCGCAUGAGCUUCCUGCUAAGGAGACUCUUUGAGAUGCUUUUUUUCACCCAGCUGUUAGUUGGACUCACUCAGCAGUGGAUGAUUCCCAUCAUUCAGAGCUCAAUGAAACCACUAGAGGACAUGGAUCUGUCCAGGAUGACUGAGAGACUCCUGCGACUGGCUGUUCCUAAUCACUUGCUUUGGCUGAUGUUUUUCUAUUGGUUCUUCCACUCAUCUUUGAACUUCACAGCUGAGCUGCUGCGCUUUGGUGACAGACAGUUUUACAAAGACUGGUGGAAUUCGGAGUCGGUGACAUAUUUCUGGCAGAACUGGAACAUCCCAGUGCACAAGUGGUGUCUACGCCACUUUUACAAGCCGCUUCUGAGGAGAGGAUUCAGCAAAAUGUUCAGCCAAUCAGCUGUCUUCUUCUUGUCAGCCUUUUUCCAUGAGUACUUAGUGAGUGUUCCCCUCAGGAUGUUCAGGUUAUGGGCUUUUAUGGGCAUGAUGGCACAGCUUCCGUUAGCCUGGUUCGUUGGCUGUUUCCUGCGUGGUAACUACGGCAACGCUGCAGUUUGGAUUUCCAUCAUUAUCGGUCAGCCGUUUGCUGUCCUCAUGUACGUCCACGACUACUAUGUCAUUCACUACAGACAGGAGGGAGACUAAUACACAUGUAUAUUCACACAACUUGCAACACAUCUUUCUUACUCAAGUGUAAAUACCACUAAACUAAAGCACUGGUAACACAUAUUGUCCGCUACUCCUACAUGUCAGGAUGAGCGGGUCACAUCGACUGUGUUGUGGUUGUAGUGUGUUUACAUUAGACACACUGACUUUUGUGUCUUCCUGCUGGAAAAGCUGAGAAUACAGUGGGGGAAAAGCAGAAAUAGUUAAAUGUCCAUCUUGAAACACUACUGUAACAUAAGGAGAAAGGUGAUGUAGCAUACAGCAUCAUACUCAGGGGAUUUUUUUUUUAUUUCAGUGCCUUGUAAAAACCUGAUGGUUAGUUUGGGGAUUCAUGUUUAUGGUGAGUUUGUCGUUAUUGGUACAGUGAGAACAGCAGACACAGGGUCUUCUUUACUCUAUUUCUAUAAAGGGUUUACUUAUCUUUAGCAUGUGAAUCACAGUGGAGACACUGUGCUUGAACACUAUGAAAUGCUAAUAUGACACCAUGAUUCAAAGGGUUGUUGUUGGUUAGGAAAGAGAUCUAUGAUCCAAUCAUUUUUCACUUUGUGACCGAAGGGGCCUUAAACUGUUUGGUUUUACUGUGAGGGGAGGAUCAUAAGAAGAAUGUAUACUUCUAGGAUUUUAUUAAUGUAACUUUCUCUUUCAAAUUGUGGUUAUUGGUUAUAAAGUCUGUGUGUGUAUGUUUGGGGUGUUUUUUAACUGAGAAGCUGCCAUGUAUCAAUUGCGGCACCACUUUUUUUUGUACUGACUUUUUUAAAAUUUUGUAUGACAACAAAAACGACUAAUGUGGUAAAAACAAUUACAGAAUGUGCUGUAUUAAACACCAGACUAGUGCCAAGUAACGUCUAAUGAUAAUUCAAACUACAUUUUGUGUCUGAAAAUAAAGUUUUAAUUUAA